AUGUUUAAAACGCCAAAGAAGAUGACGCCUACGGGUGGAAAUUCUGUCAUGAGUUCCCAGAAUCUGUCUACAUUGGCUAAGUCGUUAUUGACAUUGGCGAAUUUGCAAGAAGUGAAACUUAAAGUUCGUCAUCUAUGGAAAAAUGGGCAGUUGGACAAAUUGCAAGCUGCCCAAUUGAUAAGAAAGUGGAGAAGUCGACAGUGGCAGCAGCAACAUAAGAACAAGGAAGCAUUAGUAAAGAACCUAUCAGAAGAGUUAGAUUCUACGGAAGAACAAACCCUAGACGAUGUCAAGCAGUUAGUCAACAGAUAUAUAUCAUCUGGCAGAAUUACUGCUAAAGAUGGAGCUUUUCUCAUUAAGAAAUGGAAAAAACGCGAAAGUCGUCGCAUAAAGCGACAUUUGGAGAGUAGUCAAUCGUGUUGUUUUUAUUGUCGACAGACUGGUCAUAAAUUUUCGGAAUGUCCAGAGAAAGAUGACAGAGUAAUGGGCUCUGGAAUCUGUUUCAAGUGUGGUUCAACUGAACAUACGUCAUCAAAGUGUCUCCGCCAAAAUAUUCGUGGUAUUUCAUGGGAUAAUCUUCGAUUUUUUGUGGAUUUGGAUUUCGGUUUUCCUUACGCAGUGUGCUUUGUAUGCAAACAGCAAGGACAUCUUUCUAGGGAUUGUGAUAAAAAUGCUAAUGGAAUUUAUCCAGAUGGAGGCUCGUGUAAUUUAUGUGGAUCUCAGAAGCAUUUAAAGAAAGAUUGUCCGUCGAAAAGAGUUGACAAACAAACUGACCCGUUGAUUGGUGUAGCUCAUUAUGCUACUUACGGUGGUGAUGACGACGUUGGUUGUACUGGAAGUGAUGUUGUAGAAGAUCAUCCUAAAAAGAAGUUUGAAAGGAAAAGGGUUUGCAUAUAA